CUUUGCUCUACAUUCAAUCGUGUUAAUGAUUACCGUCCGUUCCGUAGUGGUGUCCAAUCGAUCUUCGUUGCAGAUAUGCCUUCGUUUUUUGGCAUACUUCCACCGAAGUUUGCAAACGGCUCGGCGUGUUGCUAAUACAUGUAUAUAUAUACUUAUAAAUUGAGCUUCUCAACUUUAUCGACUCAAAGUUCUGCAUGAUAAACAGUUGAGCAAAAUCGAAGAGGUAAC